ACGCCUACGGCAUAAGUGUGUAGUUGACAUAUUUAUAUUCGAGACCCUUAAAAAUUCACCGGCUUGUUUGUCCGACAUCUCAUUUUUUCGACGUUAAUUUCUCGUGGCUACUUUUUCUCCUAUCUUACGCACAGUGUUCUCUCCGCAUUUAUAUGAAGUGACACAAGUGGAAAUAAUGUAUCGGUGUUAUAUUCGUGUCAAUCCGGAAAACAUCGACCACUAUUUGCCGGAAGUAAGAAUAGACUUGUCUUUUCAGAACUCUUCAGAAAACUUUUCAGAACUCUUUUUUUAUCGAAAAAAGAAAACAUAAUCGAGAGAACGUUUGUAAAUGGUAAGGUUGUCAAUGUGAGUUUGUGUAAGUGAAAUGACAUAAUCCAAAACGUUAAUUUGAAAAGUACUACAAACGACGAGAUAUAUCUCGCGACAUGCACACGCACCACGCGUGAACAUUUCAAUUAGAGUAGCACGGGCGUAUGCGCACGCUCGCUCGCGUGCAUCGCGAUCACGCAGCGUGAUAAUUACGUCGUAUCAUUCUCCGUGGGAUGAAUGAACGUGAUCCGCGCAUUUUUUUCUCCCUCCUGGCUCGCGACGCAGGGAGAGAGAGAAGAAGAAGGAAGAAGAGAAGGGAGAGAGAAAAGGAGAGCAAAUUGAGGCGAACGAGAGCGGGGCGUGCGUGCUAGUGAAUCGAACGUGCUCGUCGCUUCGAUAAAAACAACCACCCAUUGUGAUAUCGCCGAACACCAAAAAAAUCACGAGAUUGGGAUAAUUAUUCGCGAUUGGGCUUCUGGCGCAAAAUAGAUCGAAGCGGCGACUGUCAACCUUGUAUCGAGAACUGCGACGUAGCGUUGCGCACGUGGAUAGUGUCGAGAAGGCACGAGGACGAACGCGAUCAUCUCGUCGAUCGUUUGGUCGACCAACGAUUCGAAAAAAGCAUACUACGGUGACGUACCGUGCAUCGAAAUGAUUUUCGCGCAUCUUUUUUCUACUGUUGAUAUAAGUGAAAAAUUGUAAGCUUUGAAUUUCCAGUUUUACACGCGACUUUAUACACGAAUAUUUCGUGUAUCAAGUAUUUUUCUUUGGUCUCCUAUGAUUACGGUGCGUCGUAAAAGCAAGUGGAAAGAAUAGAUUUUACGAGGCGAAGUAGUAAGGCGCGAGCAUAAUCGGAAGAGAGAUAAGGAAGACAAGUACGAGGUGAUGUCGAAGGCUUUGACGUUUGACGCAGCGGUUUCCCUCCAUGAUGCGGCGGAGAGAUACGAUGUGGGAGGAUCGAACGAGCAAUAAGGUCGAGAGCAAUUGAACUCUCGACACGUCGGUGAAUUUCGUCGUCGAUGAGGGAGGACGACACCGCUACAUCAGUCGAUCAUGGAGAGGAAAAGCGGAGGUGAGGCGCGGCCGAAGAUCGAGAUUGUGCGCGUCUCGUCCAUCGAGCGGAGCAACUUCCGGCCGCUGGACGGGGUGCAGCUGCGCGCUACAUACAGCCAUGUGCGAGUAGGCACUUAUUGCCCGGAACCGGAAGCGGCCAGUGGACCGACUGCCGAGAACAAGCCGCCGAUCGAGCAAACGCGACGCUUCAAGAAAAACUUGGGACCAGUAUCAAGACUGCUGAGACGUCGUCAUCACGCGACAUGCCUUGCCACCAAAUCCUGUGAUAACAUUUAUAGCGUGAAUAGAAAUAGUAAUUCUCUGGAUUGGAGGGUCGGCCAGAACGCCAACGAACAAGAACUGCAAGCCAGACAGAGUAGCAGCCUGGACUGGAGAGUAGGGAGAUCUGUCACUUUCGGCUCCAAUCAGCUCCAUUGGAGGAAUGCAACGCGAAGCGCCGAGCAGCUCUCCAGGAGCGCGCCUCUCACUUCCGAUCAUCUUCAAACGCCGAGCACGAGAUCGAAACUCGUGUCACUAUUGAGACGACUCUCCCCGCGCCUCUCCCGACCCGGAAGCAAGGGCUCGCUGCAAUCGUCGCCGACGAUUUGUCCCUGGAUCCAGGUCGAGUACUCGACCGAAUCGAUCGAGGGCGGCAGGCGAGAGGAGUCGCAGGAGAGCGAUGUCAGCUUUCAACAGGAGCUGCAAUUGAACGAGCUACGGAAACGAAUGGCUGGGAUUGCCUCCACGUCCCAGGUUACGUCAAAGACCGCAGUCAAGGAUGGCGUAGCGGGACAACCGAAUCUGCCACGACCCAGAAUUCAAGUGCAAGAACCUGAAACCACCGAGUGUAAUCAUCGCAGAGCUGUGCACGAGGAUCGCGUGGACGAGGAACGUCGAGCGAGCGGGCAGACGCGUGGGGGUGGCGAGGUGGCGGGUCUGGAGGACAUUGACGACUCCUGCGUUGCAACGGUGACGUCGUCGGUGCCCGGAGCCGGCGGCAUCCGCUCACAUCGACACAUUAGACCGCUCUCCCUGGCCGUGCAACCCCUCAACUACCAUCGCUUGGACCCGGAUCAAAGACCGUCGGCGACGAUCGGCGCCAGGCAUCACCCCAACAUGACCAGCCAGGAGAGCAUCGGGAGCUGCAGCCUGGACGUCGACCGCUCCGCGUCCGACCGAUCAGAGAACACCGUAGACUCCGUAUCGGAAAAGACGCUGCACAGUUUGAAUCUGUCAGCGUGCAACGGCGAACCAGUGUCGUCACCUGAAAAUUUGGCGAACGGUAGCAGCGAAACGUUACAGAAGUCACACCUCACCCCCGAUGAAAAGAAGCUGAAUGUCAGCAAUGUAUGCGGCAGCCCGGAGUCGGAGCAGGUGACGGCAGCGAAGAAACCAAGUUAUUUGGGACUGGCGUGCAGCAUAAGCGGUUACUCGGGAAUCACUAGGUACGACAGCAAACUGAGGGAAGGAUUCCGCUCGAGAGACAGCAGUCCUGGCACGAGGCUAAUCACGAGGGACACGAGUCCUGCAGGUUUCAGAUCCAACGAGAAUCUCAGCGUUCCAACGCCCCAAUAUCCGCCUAAGAGUCAAUCGAUAUCGCCGCUAGCGAUGGACAGGCAAAACGGAUUUACGAAUGGUAUGAAGGAAGAGUGCAAGGUCGAGACGUACAUGGAGAGCAGAAGCUCGAUCAGCAUAUGUCAGGGUUAUUCAGAAGUCGAUAAGGGAGUAUCGUUACACACGACGUUUCCCGAUCUCAGUCCUAUCAGAAUGAGCACUUCUGCAACUAAACGGAGCCCCGGCUUGUCGCAGAUGAUGUCCUGCGGUCAACAGAACAAGUCCUACAGUACGGGUUUCUCCUCUCCGAAGCAGGACGUUGCUAAUCUGUCAGAUACAUCAUUUAGUGAUGCUAGUAUUUUGAACGGUUCGACGGCGGAAGUUGAAAGUCAAGUGAUAAAUACUUCAUCGAGCAGCGAAAAAUCUUUUAUUCAGCAGCGAGUGGAACGGCUCUAUGGCCCGGGUGCUCUGGCACAGGGUUUUUUCUACAAACGCAGUACCACUAAGCUAAACACCAGUGACAGUAAUUUCAAUAAAUCCAGUAAUAACAAUAACAUGUCGGCAGACAACGCGAAUAUGGAAGAGUCUUUGAAAAAUCUGCCUGUUUUGCGACAUCUGCGCCCGGAAUUUCGGGCACAACUUCCCGUAGUUGGUAGUAGAAAACUUACGGACGGAACGGAACAAGUUAUAAAAUCUCUACAAAGGGUAACACCAACAAGAAAAACAGAGCAAAAGACUCCUACGAAUUUACAGAAUAGCAUAACGAGAAUUCCGAUUACCAUAGAAGAUGACGCACCGAAGCGUGAUACUAGUAAUAAAAGCAUAUCUGAUCAACAGCUAGCGGCGCCGAAAGUAGUGCUACCUGUAUUAGAACCUAGCACUAGUUUGACGAACAUAGCGAAACAGACUCAAGAGACGGAAAAAGUAAUCGAAGAGAAAGAUGGCCAUUACUUUAUGAAGUUAUUGAAACAAGAGACGGAUAGGUUACUCUCGUUGGCCGCAUCUGCAGAGGCUGAAUUAGCCAGCGGCGAUACCGUCGCACUGCCAGAGGAAGCAGCUGGUAAGCUACGAUCUGCUGCGGGAAAAGCAAAAUUGUUAACUUCGCAGAAGAUGCAGCAAUUCGCAGGAUUAUGUCAAAAGAAUAUUAAUCAGGUACCGGGUGAAGAAUUUCCAACGACGAAUGAAGACCUAGCUGGCUUUUGGGAUAUGGUAAUGUUACAGGUUGUACAAGUGAACGAACUUUUUGACCAGAUAGAAAAGCUGAGAACAUCACAGUGGCAAGAGGUCGUGCUGGAUAAGAAAGCUGCGGCAGCCUCGCAACAGAACGGUAAACGACGGGUCAUAUCGGUCCACAAAGCAAAACCGACCGCGAAUAGCGAGGCAAAUAAAAAGGCGCGCGAGGCGAGAGAACAGGCACGACGACAAAUGAUCGAGGAGCGAAGACGAGCAAUGCGCUCUAAUGCGCAGAAGAUCGAUAAUUCCGUCGAAAUUUUCGCUCCUGAAACGUAACGAUAAAUCGUUGCACAUUGAAUCGGAGCUUGAACGAGCAAUACGAUCACUCGGCAUUGCGCCUCCUAGGGAAUAUUAAUAUGUAUAGACUGUCGGCUCUCAAAUGCAGAGAGAUAGAGAAAGAGAACGAAUUUGUAUGAGAUGAUAACAUCAAUCAGCAAUCAGCUUUAACAAAAAUCAAA